UACAACGCCGCCAUGUCGACACUUUUGAGGACGCUGGGCAACUUGCGCAAGAUCGGCUUCAAGGAAUAUGGCCACCAAAUGCAGCACAUUGGUGAUACCAAGGCUGGAACCUACAUCGGCAUCGACAAGUACGGCAACAAGUACUUCGAGAACCUCGCGGAGGAGCUUCCCCUGAGAACCCGCUGGGUGGACUACAAGGACCACGAAUUCGACCCCUCUCAAAUCGAGCCUGGCUGGCACGCCUGGAUGUCCUACGUGGUGGACAAGUCGCCUGCUGAGGACAAGCUUCUGCAGCGUCAAGCUCGCGUGUGGGAGCCCAAGGAGCACAGGCCCACUCUUACCUGGAGCCGCUCAGGGUACAAGCCGUACAGCACGGUCAAGAACAAGUACUCUGCGUGGACACCUACCGUCAAGGCACGUCAGUAGAGACUCAAUUUCUUUUGUUAGCAUUGUAUAUAUCAAGGACAAAUCGAAGAUCAAAGUCACAAACAGUCCAAGCCGACAAGAUUUGCGCUGUGGUCGUUGACUCUCAUGGGCACAUCUGAUGUCUUGACACCAGCAGUCUUGAAUUGCACAUGCCGUCGCUUGAAA